AUGUCUGACGAAUUCACAGAGCAAAUCCUCAAAAUUAUUAUUGCGCAAACUGCCCAAAAAUGUGGCUUUUCUACUAUUUCUGAGACUGCGUUAGACAUUCUAGUUGAAGCAGUUAUAGCAAACAUCAGAGAAGUUUGUACAAAUUCAACAAGGGUAACAAACCAUUGCGGUCGUAUCGAUACAAAUGGUUACGAUCUAUUCUUUGCUCUUAACAAUCUUCCUAAUAGAGAAUCCGUCAGUACCUUAACAGUUUUCUUAUCUCAAGCAGAUAAACUCAUCACUCCAUUCGAAUUCUUUGUUGACAAUUAUCCAGCAUUCGAAAAGAAUAUAAAUCCAUUCUAUGAACAGCAACUAAAACCUCAAGAACAGAGACCAAUGAAUUCGGAACCAAAACUUUGGGAGAAGCCAAUGCCUUUCAGAAUUUACAACCCUCCAGAAAUGAAGCAAAGCCAAGGCAAGCAAUCCCAUAUCCCUGCUUUUUACCCGAAUUUUCCAAAUACUUACACUUAUCAAUAUACAGCAACACCUCUUCCUGAAUCAGCUCCAGACAACACAGAUGCAGAAGCCCGCAGAUCAAGAGACCAAAACAACUUACAGAAAGAGAUCGAAGAGAUGGGCAAAUCUCAGGACAACAAAUCUCAACAAAGCGUCGAAUUCGAUAGCCAGCUUACUCAACUCCUUUCGAAUGAGAUGGUCAGACGUCCUACGGCCCUUCUUGAAUCUCCUAUUUACGCAUUAGACGGUAUUAGAAGCGAAGUCAAUCCAGAAUUCCUUCCAUUGGAGUUUGUUAAGCUUGAUAAUAACAGAACAAGAGAUGAUGGCACCAGCCUUCGCAUUCUUAACAUUAAACACUUGGAUUUAUAUUGUGGAAAGCCAGGAGAUUUGCACAGCUCAGAAAAAGAUAAAGGAGAUAACAAAGAAGCAAAACAAGAGUAA